CCACCCUUCAUUCUGCACGGACAGAGAGCGGCAACACAGAACAUAAACGCUGCGAGAAGACAAGACGUUUCGUUGGAAUAAGCCGCUACCGUAAUCUCCAGGACGGAAUCGGGGCGCUUAAAACGUGAGAAGAAGAAGAAAAAGUCUACAGCAUAAACGGACUGUAUCCCCGCGGUAAGAAGACUAAGUGAAAACUUUAUUAGAAACAGAAGAUCAUCUCUCGCAGCUGCAGCAGCGCCUCCUGUCCUGGAGAACACUCCCAUCUCAUACCGCGUAAAUCUGUCCAUCAUUACGCACAGGAGACGUUUACAGGAGCGUGAUAAAGCCAGUGGAGGGAUAAAGACGCAGGGAGGAAGCUAUACAAAGUUAAAAACAAGCGUCCAGAGACAAAGGGAGAGCCGGGUCCGAGGAGGACAGGAUGGACGCCCUGGUUCCUGUGCUGAAGAGCCACCCGGGCAAGACGGUGCUGGUGUUCGCUCUGAUGUUCAAUGUGAUCCACCGGUUGCUGCAGAGGCUGCCUGUGGCCAAAGCUGUGAAGCAGGAUGACUUCAAAUCCUGGAAGUGGAAGAACCUCUCUGUCUCAAUGGUGCACUCCCUGCUGACUGGAUCAUGGGCCCUGACCUGUGUGCUGGUUUGGCCAGAGACGUUGAGCAACCUCCACUCUUACCACACUCCUUUCUCCUACCUGCUCGUCUGCGUCUCAACAGGAUACUUUGUGCAGGAUGCGGGUGAUAUUAUCCUGACAGGACAUGCAAGACAAUCAUGGGAAUUCUUACUCCAUCAUGUGCUGGUGAUCUCCUGUUUCCUGUACUCCCUCUUCACUGAGCUGUAUGUAGCCGGCGCUGUAGUCGCUCUCUUUGUGGAGGUCAACAGUGUCACCCUGCACCUGAGGCUGUUGCUGAAGCUGGCGGGUUCUCAGUCCACCUCCAUCUACCACAUCAACAAACUCGUCAACAUCUUCACCUACUUGACGUUUCGUCUGGGCACCCAGUUCUACCUCACCUGGUACAUCGUCCACAACUACACCUGGCUGGACCACGGUUUAUACUUUCUUGUCUCCAUAUUGAUGAUGAAUAUCAUGAUCAUGAUUUAUUUCUACCGCCUACUACGUGCUGACUUCUUCUACUGGAGAAAGAGCGCUGCGGGGCAGAACGGGACACAUAACCUCAACUCCAAAAAGUUUCCCUGUGAUUAACUGGGGAAGGUUUGCGGACCUAUGUUGUAGUUGUUUUUAGGGUGAGAGUUAAUACAUUUUGUCUUUU